AAAAAAACACGAGCUGCCAAAAGGGAAAAGAAAAACGCAACUUCUUCGCUGCAAAAGACUCUUUUCUUGGCGACUUGCAAAGAAAUAUUCAUUUAUUUCUUUGUGGCGUACACAAAAGAAGGAAAACCAACACGCCCCAAAAAUUUGGAGUAAAAAGUUGCACAGCUUAGUGCGGAAGAAGUUGUUGGCUGGCUGGCUUUAGUUCGUAGGAGUUGCGAUAAAAUCCUAUCCUGCAGCACUUGAAACCUGUGGGACCGACGACGUUUCUUUUGUUAUUCCUGCACCCACUUUCGGACGACGUCCUUAUGUCGUGUCGUGAAAUCAUUCUUCGCUAGCUGUAAGCAAGCACCCUAAUCCCCGACGGGGAACAACUUCCUAACAGUGUGGACCGAAUGCUGUAGUUCCUUGCUUUAUCUUGCCUCGUUGUAAAGUUCGCAAAACGAACCAAUUCCCCCCUCGGAACUUGUGGAGCUUGCAACUGCAACACAUCAGUUCCAGCCAAGCUUGCCAAUCUAAUUGCGCACCACGAAACGCAAACAAAACAACGCACGCACUCGUCAACAGGCCAUCGGAAAGGUGGCAACAAGUGGGCCACCAGCGUACGCCCCGCAGGUAACUAUCCUCUGGCAAUGGCAAAGGAUAACAACAACAUCAACACGGAUGAUCUGACGGGUGCCACACCAUCGUCAUCUGUGAAAACGGUCCCGUCGCCGUCUUCCUCCUCAACAGCGGUGGAAAAUGAAAACCACGGUCCACACACGGCUGAAGUGGUACAGUCCACUUCACCCUCGCUUGCACCACCACCAGCCACUAGCAGUACCACUCCGCACCCCGAAGUCCCGCGAAGAGAGGAAAACCCGUUUUCCUUUAAACAUUUUCUCAAAUGGGACGGCAACCACCAUCAUCAUCAGGCGACAAACGGUGGGGCGGCUAGUGCCGGUGGCGCAACGGGCACAAACUCUUCCAGCAGCAUAAAUCACAGCCGUAGUGCGUCGAGUAUAAACGGACACGGUAGUAGUACGCUUGGAGCGGAUGGUGGAGCCGGUUGCAGCGCGAACGGAACGAAUGGAACGGCAGGAGGAUCGGGGCUGGUAACGACGGGCAGCCAUUUAGCGACGGUAACGACCGCUACCACCAGCACCGGUUCACCGUCGAAAUCGGCCACCACGAGCUCGCUGAAUGUGGUCAGCUCGACGACAGGGGCGCGGCCAAAAAUCCCCCAAUUCCAAUCGGUCAACACGCUCAGCAGUGAGUCGAAGAUGAAACGUUCGCCACGCUUUCCGUCGUUCGAUUCACAGUCCAGUUUGUCGGAUUUUGCGGACGACCGGUUCGGUUCGAUAUACCAGAGCCGUAGCAAUGGUUCCUUCAGUUCGGAUUAUCCUGCCGCUACUGGAGGUGGCGGUGGACCCGGCAGUGGUUUGCGUGAGGAUGCGAAUGGAAUAGAGCAGCUGGGCGAGCAGGUGGAAUUGCUACGCGGGUACGUGCAGCGAUCCUACUCCAAUUACGAUCUCGACAGUCCCGGUUCGUCGGCGGUCGGGCCGGAUCGACGGAACGAUCCGGAGGUGCACAACGACGCACCCGAACGAAGGGGACUGGUCGGGGCGGCUGAAUUUUCUGCCGCCCUGCCCGACUUUGUGCAGGACCAUCUCGUGAUGGAACAGUGGUACAACACACUGCCCAAGGGAGGUGGUGCCGGAAGCGGUUCUUCCGCCGGAUCGGCCGAUUUCGACGAUGUGUUAGAUCUGACCGGUGUGGCGAACGUGUCCGGUGGUGGCGGUGGUGCACCACUUUCUUCCUGUAAUGAUAUUCCGUUCGAUUUGACGGCAAGCAGCACUACUAGCAGUAGCAGGAUGGGCCGUGAUGCGACCGGUGCGGGACACCGGCACUCACUUGGCGUACGGCUCGAUCUUCCUUCCCGAGCAAACCCCCCAUCCGGGCCCGAGCUUGAGUUUGAUCUUCCGCCACGAUCUCCAACUUCUUCAUCUUCAGAAUUGCCACCGGAUCUUACGGAAGGGAAUGCGGGUGGUGUGGGGGAACCGUGCGGAUCGGGUGGGGCAGGUCCGGGUGGUAGAACACGCUCAUACUACUAUUCCGUCUCACCACCGCCGGGGACGGUUUCCAGCGGUACAACGGCUGAUAAAAUUCAUCGCCUACCGGACUUUUUGUCCGACGGUCCAAUUCACUCGUCUGGCCGGUUAGCGGACGUUACGCACGACACGCCGCACGCAUCGGAAACGGCAGCGGCGGCCGCUGCCGCCUCAGACCGACGUCAAAGGAUACAGCAGCGGCAACGCGAAGCCGAGUACCAGAACCGGCUCGGUGCGGAACUGAUGGAGAACGAACGGUUACGGCACGAGCUGGAAGCUAGUCGGCGUACGGUGAGCGAACAAUCGCGCCGUAUCCGUGAGCUGGAGCGGGAUCUGGAAACGAUGGUAACGCUCGCCCGGCCCGGUGGAUCGACGCAGCGUGACGGUGGCAGCGGGACGACGCAAUCGAACGCGAGCAGCUUUCUGCAGGCAAAAACACGGGCAGCUACGGCCGAGGCAGAGAUGAAACAGUUGCGGCAGAAGAUGAGUAGCCUGAUUGUCGAAAUGGAGGCACUGCAGAGGGAAAACGAAACGCUUAAGGAGGAAGCUUGCGGAGGUGGUGCGAUCGGGGGUAGCACGGGUGCGGGCGCCAGUGCUAGCGUGCGACAGAACGAUGGUGACCGUGGUAACGGACCGAAACGGGAACGAUCAUCCGCUUUCUUGCGCACACAAACGAUCGCCCUUCGACAGGCGGCUUCAACAGCGGAAAGCAAUCUUCGGCAAUUGCUAAGCGGCGUUGAAAACCUACGAACGAUGGCAAAUCAAAUCGAAGCGUUCCGAGUUACGCAGGAUGAGAUUAAACCAGAGGCAGACUCUAUUCCUCUCGAAGACUUUUUGCAUGACGUCGGCAUCAACAGUGAUGAUGAUGAUGAUGAUGACGAUGAUGACGAUGAGCCGUUUGGUCCAGCAUUGUAGAUAAAAAAAAAAAGGAAACCACGCACCGACCACGGUGGCACGCUCUCUGAAGGACGGAUGCUAUGCAAAUUGGAACUGAAACCCGACGGUGGCGCAAAUACAGCAGCUCUUGCAUCGUGCAUGUAUUUAAGAAAAGAAUAUAUCCAUAUACAUAUACAUACGUACGUACACCCACAUAUAUAUGCAUCGCAGUACGGAAAGGGCUUAAUCAGAUCCCUUUUUUGUUGCACCGUGUUUUGCACAUCGCACUGACGAUGAUGAUGGUGUGGAAGCAAUUUUUUCGAAGCAAUCGAACACUCGUGCACUCAUUGGUUCCCUGCAGGAAAAAAAAACAAUACUCCAUAAAUAUAAAUGGCCGUGAAAUCACAUUUCCCCGUUAGCCUCAAAAGCCUCAUCUUCCCCAUACGUACGCUUAUGCAAAAUCAUGCUAUCGAAAUGGAAAAUUGGCUCGAUGGACUACUGGAAUGGGGUUUAAAAGGUAACGUUAAACGGUGAGAGUGAUCGCACAUAUUAAGAAGGACCAUCCAAUAGCGUAAAUAAUAAAAAAAAACACAGCAAAACACACAUAAAACAGCUUUAGUUAGAAACCAAAGCAUGCAGAUAGAGUGGAGCGCAAACGGAAAUCUAGAGAUUGCUUUAAAACGCUUUUUGUACCGCGAGCGAGAGGGACUGGCAUGGCAUAUUCGCAUCUCGUGUUAAAUAUUCCUCAAGUCAAGCACAAAGCACAGGAUCAAAUCAUCAGUUUUGUAGAGAGCGAGAGAAGGAAAACCGGGGAAACUACUGGUCCGCUGUGAUGAGAGUGGGGCUACCGAUUGUUUGUAUAGUGUAGUUGCAGUGCGGUGAAAUAAAGAAGAAAAUUCUGAGGAUUUGAUAA